AUGGUUUCACUCAGGUCAGUUGCUUCGGCAAUUGUAGCUUUGCCCUUCGCUGCAGCUGUCACUAUUACAGUCAGCUCCGAUGGUGGCAAUGCCACAAGCCGACAUCAAUACGGUUUCCUCCACGAGGAUAUUAGUAACUCGGGAGACGGCGGUCUUUACGCCGAACUCAUUCGGAACCGGGCCUUCCAGUCGAGCUAUAGUUUCCCGUCUACGCUCGAAGGAUGGUAUUCCCUCAACGGCGCUGCUUUGAGUCUCCAGAAUCUGAGCACCCCUCUGUCUGACGCGCUCAAGACAUCCCUCAACGUUGCCUCAUCCGGAUCAGAUGGAAUCCUUGGCUUCUACAAUGAUGGCUAUUGGGGGAUGGAUGUUAAGCAAAAGAAGUAUACUGGUUCAUUCUGGGUCAAAGGCUCCUACCAGGGUAUCUUCAAUGCUUCCCUCAUGUCCAACAUUACGGGAGAGGUUUUUGGCAGCGUUGAGGUCGAGUCAAAGAGCUCGCCCGAUGAAUGGGUUGAACACCCCUUCGAGUUGACUCCUUCAGUCAAUGCACCAAACUCGAAUAAUUCCUUUUCCAUAACCUUCGAUUCGGCAGGACUUGAGGAUGGAUCUCUCGACUUCAACUUGAUUAGCUUAUUUCCCCCCACAUACAAGGAUCGCCCUAACGGUGUUCGAGUGGACCUUGCAGAGGUCUUGGAGGCUUUCCACCCAACUUACUUUCGCAUACCAGGCGGUAACAUGUUGGAGGGUCUAACGAACUCAUCAUACUGGGAUUGGAAGAACUCCAUUGGACCUCUCAAAGAUCGACCCGGCUACGCUGGUGUAUGGAAUUAUCAACAGUCCAACGGCCUCGGACUUAUGGAGUACUUGGAGCUGUCAGAAGACAUGGGCUUAGAGCUUAUCGUUGGCGUAUGGGCAGGGCUAGCUCUCGACGGCGGCGUUACCCCUCAGGAUGAGCUACAACCUUUCAUUGACGACGCGCUGGACCAAAUCGAGUUCAUUCGCGGCGCUGCAGACUCAACUUGGGGUAGCCUGCGCGCAAAAUAUGGCCACCCUGAGCCUUUCACACUCAAGUACGUAGAGGUUGGCAAUGAGGACUGGCUUGCCGGUGCCCCAGAAGGAUGGGAGACCUACAAGAGCUACCGCUUCCCAAUGUUUCUUGAAGCCAUCAAUGCCGCCUAUCCCGAUAUUCAGGUUAUCUCUUCCGGUUCCGUUCUCGACGGCUAUGAUAUCCCGGCCCCUGGCAAUGGCGAUUAUCACAUAUACGGAACGCCAGACCAGAUGGUGGAUCAGUUUGAUCUGUUCGACAAUGUUGAGAUCCCUCACUUGAUCGGCGAAGCAGCCGCUGUUCACCCCAACGGCGGCACGGCCUGGGAUGGUGGUCUUGUCGAGUACCCGUGGUGGGGCGGUGCUGUUGGUGAAGCUGCCUCCCUGAUUGGGUACGAAAGAAACUCUGACCGCAUUCUCGGCGCUUUAUAUGCACCGAUUAUUCGAAGCUUGGACAGGUGGCAAUGGGCCACGACGAUGAUACAGUUCGCGGCAGACCCGGCAUUGACUACCAAAUCCACGAGCUUCUAUGUCUGGGAGCUUUUUGCGGGCCAUCUUUUCACCCACACAUUGCCAGCUACCGCUGACUUCAACCCUCUCUACUAUGUCACCGGCAAAAAUGAAGACACUGGCGCCUAUAUCUUCAAAGGUGCGGUAUACAACUCCACAGAGGGCGCUGAUGUGCCAGUGUCGCUGUCAUUCGACGGUGUGGCAGCUGGAACCGCGGCAGAGUUGACAGUGCUGAGCGGCCCUGACAAUCCCUAUGGAUACAACGACCCGUUCACUGGUGUUAAUGUGGUUACCACCACUAAGAGCACAGUCACUGCUGACGACAAUGGUGUCUUCGAAUUCUCUCUCCCCAACCUCAGUGUUGCUGUGCUUGACACAGGCGCAUCUGGUACUUCCAAGCGCUCGAUGAAACGGGGACGGAGAUCUUAG